AUGUUCGUCUUUUUGUUAUUCAUAUUAAAUAUAGUUUUUGCAAUACCUAGUUAUAAACGAGAUUUAUCAUUUGAUGCACAACAUGAAUAUACCAAUACAAUUGAUAUAAUAUGGGACUCAUUUUGGAAUCAUCAGCAACAAGCUAUAUCAGCACAUUCCUCAUGUUCUAAUGGAAGUUUCAGCUCUGCGGUUAUCUGGGAUUUAGCUGUUGCUGCAAAACCAAUUAUAGAUUCUGGAAAUGUUGCAAGAACAAAUUUAAUAAUGAAUAAUUUAUAUAAUUAUCAAAAUAUUAUCGGUUGGUUUGCUGCCACUCCUGACUCGUCACAAAUAUAUACCGAUGAUAAUGCACAAGUUUUGUGGGCUUAUUUAGACGCAUAUGAAUUAACUCAUAAUACUAGAUAUUUAACAACUGCGAUUCAAAUUAUGACUUUAUUACAAACUCAGUGGUCACAAAGAGGUGGAAUAUUAUGGCAAGUUGAUGCUUCAUAUAUUGCAUCAAUAUCAACUACUGAAGCAGCGUUGAGUGCUGUUCGAUUAUAUGAAUAUACUCAUGAUUCAAAUUUACUAACAUUCGCCACAAAUUGUAUAGAUUGGAUGAAUGCAAAUUUGAGGGAUCCACUGGAUGGAUUUUAUUACGACGGUAUAGGUUCGGCAAAUGGUAGUACACCAAAUAAAGGUAAAUUGACUUAUACAGUGGGUACUGUAAUUUCAACAUAUACUUAUCUUGCCAAAUAUAAUAUGCUACCAAAUGCUUUGAGUUCAGCAAUAACAUUAGCUACAAAUUCAUUGACUUCAAAUACAUUUUUAACCAAUGGAUUUUGGAAUAAUCAAGUACAAUAUAUACAUUUAUUAUUUGCUGGAUUUGGUGAUUUAAUAAAAAUUGGUGGGCAAACAUCAUUUAUAAAUCAAGUUAAUGAUCAAGGUAAUUAUUAUUAUCAAAUGAAUCCUGUAAGCUAUAACUUACCAUGUCAAGGAGGAGGUCAAGGAACAUUAUUAUAUGACGGAUCAAUGGCACAGAUAUUUUAUCAAUUAAGUAGAAUAAAUAGUUAG